AUGACACAAACUGAUCCUCCUCUUAACAAUUCAAUUCAACCUCAUCAGAAUGAAGAAGUUGAAGAUGUUUUGUCUCCUAGUGUUGAAGAAAACAGACCAGAUUUCUGUGAAAGAAAUGAAGUUGAUAAUAGAGACGUAAAUACAAGUUCCAGAAAGUCACAGGACAAUAAUCGUAAAAAUCGCAUUAUCGUUAUUUCUGAUACAAUUGAUAAAAUUGGAAAUGCACGAUGGAAUGAUGCUGUAUUAUUAUUCAUUCUUAUCAUGGAUGUCUGUAAAUCUGUUAACUUUGCUCAAACAAAUACCAUAUUAGAAGCUCUCAAAGAAUACUAUCGAGUGAUUGGAAAUAAAACGUGCAUAGAAUAUAAAGGGAUUCUAUCAAAUUAUAAAGAUGCAAGAUAUCUUAAAGAUGAAUCUGAGCGUGAAAAAAUCAAGGAAUUUGUUUUGGAAAAUUUACGAAUCGGUGAAUCAAACGAUUGGAAUUCAUUCCAGGAUCUAUUACGUACGUUAACAGACGAGGAACAAUUUAAGUUGCGUUGGAUAUGUGUUGAUAAAAUCACCAGGUUUCUUACACUCUCCCUUGAUAUCAAAAAAAAAUUUCCUGACUAUUGGAAUAUUUGGAUAAAUAACAACGAUAAUAGUAUUGCUUCUAACACAACGCCAGAAAGUCGCAAGCUUGCUGAUAAUGCAACAGAAGAUAACUCUCGAAUCAAUCGAGCACUGCAAACCAAAUCUAUAGUAGAAGCAAAAAAAAAACUCACGAAUGCAGAAUUAAAAAUCGAGGAUCUUGAAAAACAACUCAGAGUUUUCAAGAAAGAAGCAUCAGAACAUCAAGCAGCACUAGGCAAAAUUACGAAGGUUGAUUGGAAUGACGAUGAUCCAAACAAUUCGGUGCCACUUUCAAAAGAUAUCGAAAACUUGCAGGACUUAUUGAAAGAUUUCACCAUCGUAAGGGGCAACAAAUUCGACAAUACGAAUGCGGAAAAUCUUUUGCAUGAGUUCGGGUGCAAUACGAAUGUGUCACAUCGCAACUUUAAAUCGGCAACGAGCGCAGCAUUGCAACGACACAUAAUUGAAAUGAUACUAAAUGGAAUCAAAACCUAUCUCGAUCAAGAAUUUUCGGAUGAUGAGCAGAAACUAGAAGUUAAUAUAGCUUCUAAAACCAAAGAAUUGUGCACUCUUAUUAAAAGGUUUGCGGAAAAACGUCCGGGAGACGAUAAGUUCACUCCAAUGGCUCCAACUAAACUCCGGCAACAAGUGAACGCAAUUCUUGGAUCACGUGCAUUCUCAAUUAGCUUGCAUCCAUUCAUUGAAAAGCUCACAAGCGAUGUACUUGAGUUUAUGAACAAAUUUCGACAAGUGAAGUCAGAAGAAUUGAGUAAAGAAUUACCCGAUCGCGCAGCUCAAGUUAUCCGAGAGACCAUUUGUUUGUUGGAAUUUCGAUUAAAAACUCAGCCACAAGUGCCUACUAUAAAAUUUUAUGAGGUUGGUACAUCUUUGAACCCUUCACUAAUGGAAGGGCGGUCGUGGCGCAGUACAGAUAGUGUUGUUGAUAUUUGUUACUUCCCGAUUAUUGGUAUGAAUCUUGAUAAGCCAGAUCCACAGGUUCUUUGUAAAGCUUUAGUGUUGGCACGAUAA